CUUGGAUCAGUCGAAAGCGGAUCCUCGCUUCGCCUUCACCGCGCCUUCGUGCCGCUACUUACUACCGUUAUCGGAUGCGUGAUAUCCGCAUAUUUUCCAAGAUUCGUGAUCUGGGGAUCGCCCUGAUCGCCGAUCACCGAGAGGAAUGCCCGAUUAACAUGUCGUGAACAGAGCCAACGUAUCAGCGAGAAUAAUCCGAAGUCGCGGUAAUAAUCGGCGGGCCUCAAGAGCGGGCCUCGCUCGCGAGCCGGGCUUCCUCCGGCGCGCCUCAAAACGGGCCUCGUCGAGCGGGCCUUAAUCAAACCUCUCGAGCCUCGACGGCCGUUAGUCCAGCGUACCAAGCCAGUUCCGACGUGGAGCGCGAACGAGCUGAGGCUAAUCUUGAUAGAACCAGAACCAGCGGCGCCGCGGCACUCCGGCGUCGAAGGCAGCAGCGACCGGAAACGAUGGACAAGCCAUUACACUGGAUUGUAAUAUUGCAGCCAGUGUCGUUCGCGUUCGGUUAUAGGUACGAUCCUUGGUAUCGUGCGGACACGCAACGUCCGGUCGAUGUCAUCACCGACGUCAUCAAUGAUCUGGGAUUGAAGAUCCUUCAACAAUAUUCGGCGCACGGAAAUGUGGCGUUUUCGCCCACAGGGGUUGCCUUCAUAUUGGCGGCGCUUUACGAAGGAUCCGCUGGUAGAGGGUGUCAACAAAUCACUGAAGCUGUAGGAUUACCAUCCAGGGAUGUUACCAGGAUCGGUUUCAGGGAUAUUCACCGACGAUUGAGAAGUUACCUCAAUGCUGAUGGCUUCCUGGGCGGAUUGACACUAAACAAGGAGAACAUCAGACUUCGUCCCGAAUACGAAGACAUCCUGAGGUUUUACGGCUUCGAUCUGUCCAGUAUCGAGCAAGAAGCGAACGUUACUAUCAAAAUGGGAGACUCUUCGGAUACAACCGAACUUCCGACGUCUACUGCCGGGUCAAUCCCGACAGAGAUGAUAGACACAAUGAAUGAACCGGACACGACGACGGUCACUUUAAUCGCUACAACACUUCCGUCAGAAACAACGAUCGCUCCAUCGACCGCAGCGGACGUUACUCAAAGUGUCACGAUGGAAGCAAUCGACGUGCAAUCGAUUACAGUCGCGAAUCCCGAAUCAGCUGUUCCAAGUACGUCGACGGUAGAUUCUUCAUCUGUGAUUAUUUCUGAUGAAAACAUCCAGCUAACAUCCACGCGAGUCACUGUGGACAGCCAAACGAAUCCGACUAUGGUUCCUACUUCGAUCGAUCAGAGUCCGCAGGCCACUUCGAUAGUCGCCAUCGCUGAAACAGACGAAAUUGUCGCGGAUAUCAUCAUUCCUAAGACCGCUACGGAGAAUGCAAAUUCUAAUGCGAAUAUUCAAGUACCGCAUGACCUAGAUACGACAACGGCGGCUAAUGUCAAUGCGAUGAGUGACGAGAUGCUGACAAAUAUUUCGUCGACUGUAACUAUCGUGGAUGCGACGCCCAUUAAUGAUACGUCUGUCACCGUUAAUACGAAUACCGUUACCUCGAAUUCGUUAAUUUCCACGAUCUCUUCGCCUUUAGCCAAUGCUAUAAAUUUAACUACUCCGAGUCCCGUUAUCGAAACCAUGACGAAUAACAGUGUUUUUUCGCAAUCGAGUAUGACAUCGAUGGGCGCUCUUCCGGACGGAAAUAUUUCGGGGAUAAUUAUUCCUAUGCAUGAUGUCGGAAUAACGCCAAUCAUUAAUAUUGAUGACGACACUACAGCGUCCGCUGAGAUGACAACAUCAUCUAUUCAAGCGAUAAACACGACAACUUCGAGCGAUCUCGUUGGAGAUUUGAAUGAUUCCACGAUUGCAUCGACGAAUGGGAAUAUCGUUUCGAUGAAUCGGAAGAAGAAAGAAUCGGAGCCUAAUUUGAAAGUUAUAAUAAAUGAAGGUACAGAUGAGUUGACAAAUUACAAAUCGUCGAAUCUACGUAAACGAAGAGCGAAGAAUCCGCGUGGAUACUUCUCUAGUUAUCCAGACGAAGGUAUCUGGAUGCAAAACUUGGAGAUUUGGAAAUCAUCGUAUAAUACGAUAAACGCGGACGAAUCCUCCAACGGAGAUUCUGCGGAGAUAUCGUUUCUAGUAAACGGUUGCGAUGUAUCCUCGAUAUCGGCCUCGACAUAUAUCGCUGUGCUACCUUUUGCCUAUUUCCCAUCCUUGCAUGCUGUCGCGCUCGAGUUUCCUCUAGACGAUCCCCGAUACAACAUAAUACUUCUCAUGCCGACGGAUAAAACGGACACGCAUCGUCUGGCGAGAGAUCUCAGCGGGAAGUCAUUGAGAUUGUUGAGGAAGCGAUUACAGCCUACUUGGGUCAGGGCCACGAUACCUUCGUUCAUGCUACGUGGUUUCGUUACACUGACAUCAUUUCUACAAAGGUUGGGAAUUGUGGAUGUGUUCGAGCCGAGGUUGGCCGAUCUAUCGCCUAUGACAUCCGACCUUGGUGUGUACGCCCGAGACGUGCAACAGAGUAUAGGGGUCAACAUAAGGAAUUAUAUGAAAUCCGACCGUACCCAUUCUCGUGAGUCGUCUAAUGUCGUUCCACCUCGAAGGGACUAUUAUCGAUAUCUGCCUCCAGGUAACGGUCUGUUCGAGAGAGCCGGACCUGUACCUUUUACAGCUUUGCAUCCGUUUCUUUAUUUCAUCGUCGACACCGAAACUUCGGUGAGUCUAAUCGCCGGUCGAGUGGACGACCCGCUUAAUUCAAGAAUACUGUAGACAUGUAUAAUUUAAUUUAUGACAUAUUCUAAGAUUUUUUAAAUAAACAUUCGUUUAUUUGGCGAUACUUAUAAAUAGCUAUAUCUUAUAAUGUAUAGACUUCUCCUUCCCAACACGCACACAAU